AGUUGUCAAAGUAGAGUAGGCAAUGUGUAUAUGACGCGUAUAGUGAAUUGAAAGUAAAGUAACUGUGCAAUUAUGAAUCCAAAUAGAAACGUCGUGUGUUUACUGUUACUCUUUCUAGGAAUUUUAUCGUAUUUAGAUCAAAAAUGUGUCGAAGCAAAAUCGAAUCGCCAGAAGGCUCCCCUGGUCGAGGAAGUUUCUGACGUCAAGGAGCUGAAGAAACUGCUGCGCACAAAGAACAACGUGCUGGUGUGUUUUGUGAGCUCGUUAAAGCGAGCUGUUCCGACCGUCAAGGUGUUCCGAGAGGCCGCGGGCGCCAUCCGCGGGCAGGGCACGAUGGUGCUGGUCGACUGUUCGGGGGAGGCCCGCAAGAUGUGCCGCAAGCUGAAGGUGGACCCCGAGCCGGUGGUGCUGCGCCACUACAAGGACGGCGAGUUCCACAAGAACUACGACCGCCCGCUGACCGCGCAGUCCAUCGUCAGCUUCAUGCGGGACCCUGCCGGCGACGCGCCCUGGGAGGAGGACCCGGCGGCCGCCGACGUCGCGCAUCUGCCCGAUGCCGCGGCUCUCCAGAAGGUGCUGCAGCGCAGGGACGGCCCGCGGCAGAUGCUGGUGCUGUUCUACGCCCCCUGGUGCGGCUUCUGCAAGCAGCUGAAGCCGGACUACGCGGCGGCCGCGUCGGAGCUCAGGGGCGUCGCCACGCUGGCGGCCGUGGAUGUCAACCGCCCGGAGAAUGCGGUCCUCCGGCAGAAGUACAACAUCACCGGCUUCCCCACCGUCAUCUACUUCGAAAAUGGAAGCCAGAAGAUGGUGUACGAGGGAGAGAACAAGAAGGAUGCACUUGUAAGGUUCAUCCGGAACCCCGAGAAACCUCCAGAAAAACCGAAGGAGAUUCCCUGGGCCGAAACUGAUACCUCUGUCACUCACCUCACCACCGAGACAUUUGAUUCUUUCCUCGAGGAAGAGCCAUCUGUGUUGGUGAUGUUCUACGCACCGUGGUGUGGGCACUGCAAGAAAAUGAAGCCCGAGUACGAGAAAGCUGCCGAGACGCUGAAGGCGCAGAAGAUUCCAGGAGUGCUGGCAGCUCUAGAUGCCACGAAGGAACAGGCGAUAGCGACGCGUUACGACGUCAGGGGCUACCCGACGCUCAAGUACUUCCGCGACGGUGCACUGGCGUACGACGUCGGGACGCUGCGGGACGCCGACCGUCUGACGGAGUUCAUGCGGGACCCGAAGGAACCUCCACCGCCGCCGCCCCCGGAGAAGCCGUGGAGUGAGGAGGAGGGCCAGGAUGUGGUGCACCUCACGGAGGAGACCUUCAAGCCCUUCCUGCGCAAGAAGAAGCACGUCCUCGUCAUGUUCUACGCACCCUGGUGCGGCCACUGCAAGAGGGCCAAGCCGGAGUUCGUCCGGGCCGCGGCCCGGUUCCGCGACGACCCCAAGGUGGAGUUCGCGGCCGUCGACUGCACGAAGUUCGGCGCUGUGUGCGGCGCCUUUGAGGUGAAGGGCUACCCCACCGUCAAGUACUUCCACUACUUCAACAAGGAGACCAAGGACUACGGGGGCGAGCGGACGGAGGAGCACUUCGUGCGGUUCAUGCGCGACCCCCUGGGCGCCGGCGCAGACUCUCCGGCGGACGCCGGCACUUCUGCGAGAGCGGAGGCGGAGGGGUGGGCCGCACUGCCGGGCGGCGACCGCGUCAGGCUGCUGACCGAGGCGGACUUCGACGCUGCCGUCGCCUCGCCUGCGCCCACGCUCGUGCUCUUCUACGCCCCGUGGUGCGGGCACUGUCGCAGCAUGAAGGCGGACUACGCGCUGGCGGCAAAGCGCGCGCACGACGAGAAGCUGGGCGCGGCGGUGGCGGCGAUCGACGCCUCGGCGGCGGCGACUGUGCGCGGCCGCUUCGACGUCCCGGGAUUCCCUACGCUGAAGCUCUUCCGCUCGGGUUCCGUAAUCGGGGACUACCGGGGUGCUAGAACAGCGGACGGGUUCGUGUCGUUCUUGAGGACCGCCGUACGUGACGAGCUCUGAGCCGAAGGAGAAGGGAGAGGAAAGACCCGAGCUCCGCAGAGAUUCCUCUCGCGCGGUGCCGACGUCUGUCUGUCGGAGGUGUAUUUAUUGGCGUCGUCACUAAUUUAUUUGCACAAAUCGAUCUGUAACGGUAGUCUCACUUAGGUAUAAUGGGACUGUUCCUCAGGUACGGAGCUCUCUACUCUGCCAAUUUUGUCGGGUCGGAGUGUGAAGAGUGAGCUUUUGUUUCUCAAUUUUAGGUGACGGGAUUUUUAACAGUUGCACUCUGUAUUAUCUGUAACAUUCUCCCACUUCUGUCUGCCCUUGUCGAUGUGGUUGUAGAUACUGAAUGUCUCACUCUUAGGAUUUCCUACUGCCACAAAGUAUCACCGUCCUUCUCACUGUAGUAGAUCUGACAAUUUAUUAUUUUUAUGUUUGAAUUGCAAGCACAAGUUAUUGAUACCGUGUACAUUUAUUAUUCUCCCAUUGCGCCUUUCUGAGGAUUACACAGCUGUCAUCUGGUGGACCUGUUUCAGUUAGUGAAGAACGGACAAUUUGUACGUUUAGCUUUUAUGCAAUCUGAAACAUCAUCUUCCUGUCGUGAAAGGCUUCUUUUCCAGUUGUAUUUACACUAGAUACUCUUUCUAUAAAGUAUAUUUAUAGAAUACGUCUGUUUGCGUGGCCAUCUUCUGCAGCAGCUGUUAAAACCUGUCAUAUAGGUUAUCUGUCUCGAGUUGACUGCAACCUAAUUAAAAAGAAUUACACCAGACACGAUUUGCUUUCAUUUAUAAUGCAUCUUCCACUGUUAUUGGUGUUUCUUCAAUAAUUGUGUUCCUUCCCUCCUUGCUAGCAGCGGUUGGUGUCGAAAGCCUUCAUUUCGCAUCUGCACUAAGAAGUUUUUGGCAUUCUGCUGUAUUUUCUGCACUACCUUAUUUACACUUCACUUUCGUAAACUGCUUCUCAUUCCGCACUGCCGAUGUGGCGGUGAAAUGUAAAUAAUGCAGCACAGGAAAUAUUGUAGAAUGGCAAAAACUGCCAAGUGCAAAUGUGAAAUGAAGUCUUUCGACACCAACCGCUGCUUGCAAGGAGGGUAGGAGCAGAAUGUUUAAAGAAACACCAAUAACAAUGGAAGAUGCUUUAUAAAUAAUAGCAAAAUGCAUCUGAAGUAAUUCUUUUUAAUUAGGUUGCAGUCAGCUCGAGACGGAUGACCUAUUUAUAGAGAUUUUCAUAGGAAGUGCACGCCGUGUGAAUACGACUGGAAAAACAGCCUGUCACCGAUUAAAGAUGGGGCCACAGAUAACUCAAAAUUUGCACAUACAAAUCGUCCACAUCUGAUUGAUGUAAAUCCACCUGGCGGUGGCAGUGGCUGUCAUCAGCAGCCGGUUUACUUAAUGCAGAAUGUCACGACCUUAUUUCUCGUGUAACUGUAUCUUCGACUAGACGUCUUCUUCACUUGUUAUUCUUCUUUGUGGUAUUCUACCUUCAAUAUUGCCUUGCUAUAUGGUCUUUAAAAAUUAUUCGCUUUCUUCCUAAAAUGUGUCCAAGGAGCAUGAAGUAGCUUUAACUGGCACAGGAAGAUACGUUUCUUGUGAUGCUAAGUUCUUCUGUAGUGAAAGCAUCAGUUUUCCUUUCUGUCUGCGGUAUUCGUAACGUCUUUCUCCGACACCACAUCUCGUGGCACCUCGUUCUAGCCUCCGCACUCCACGUCUCGCAGCCGUACGAGAACGUGGGGAACACCGCUGACUCCACUGAGCGCUAUCUUUUUCAUUAUAUUGUUACAAAUAAUAGCUUAGUCAUCUGGCCAGUGUGAAAAACUUUGGUUGGACAGUUAUUUGCAAACGCCAUUCGUAUCAGAAUUGCUAAGUUACUUUAUGAGCUGUUUUGUACUUCUCUCAACUUCUAUAAUGAAUUCUAUUAUUUUCUUACUGCAUGCACUACUGUGAAUGUUUGUUCCAGAAAUCAAAAAGUGUCGGUCUUUCAUAACUCACCUAACUUUACAAUUUUUAUAUUUCUGAAUACGGUUCUUGUUUUCCAAAUGUACUGAAAAAAAGUAUUUUCACUAAAAUAGUAUGUCUUCUUUGAGAGAAAUCUGUGUUCAGCCAGAAGUAGUAAUCUGUAGAGCACCAAGUGGAUUGCAAAAUGCUUGCCUUUACACUCGACCAGUAAAGAACGUCAUUUUCAGUGCUAACCGUGAAGAAUUAUGGGUUCCUCGAGAUAUUCGACUUCGGAUUAUAUUACACUUGUGGUUAGAGAUAGUCACAUAUUAGAUGUCGGGCACUAUGGGGACACACAAUGUCUCUAAGCCUGUGACAAUCUCUCUGCGAACCCACAAAGUUAUUGAGCAUUUUAUGGGCAUUCUGGCUUCUUGUUUAUUAACUGCUGUAUUAUAUAUUUACAGAAUGCAGUUCAGUAGAAAAUAUACGCAUCACGUUUUCUUCCUGUAAAGGCACAGCAUUUUAAAUUAGCAAGUGUCGACCAGGCAGAAUCUUCCACAUAAGAUAGGAUACCUAUGUCCUGCCUUUCCCCUACGCACAUAACAAAAUUGUGCUAUAGGAAGUGUGUACGUUGUUCAAAUGAAAUAUCAGAAGUUGUUUUGUGUGCUCUGUAUAAGCUGAGAGUGGAUCUGCAGUCAGCAGUGACAUUAACAGUGCUGUAUGUGUUAAGAGUAUUGUUUUGCUGUGUAAUUUACAUUUUACUUUUUAGUAGAACGUUGGUGCUACCUUUUCUGUAUUGCUGAUUAAUUACAUUAUUAUUCACUCUGUGCUAAAGGAUAAGCAUCUGAGUAUUAAUUAGCACGUGCAUUAUUGUAUUUGUUAUACUCGCUUCUGUUGUUGUAGUGAAACACUGCAAGUUUGCAUAAUUUAUAUGUAGGCCUACACGAGGAGUUUGCUACGUAUAUAUUGUUGCCGAGCUUUCUCUUGGAACAGUUUUUCAUUGUUUCUGGGGAGAGGACGUAAUUUUCAAGGUUGCAUACAUAAGUACAUAAAUUUAGUAUGAAAAUGGAAUGUUUUCAUAUCUUUUUGUCAGUCAAAUAUUUCUCAGUAUUUAAGAGAAGUUUGCAGCAUAUCACUUGAAUGUGCCUAAAAUCUGAAUGUAAUGAGUAUUCAGAUAACUUACGGGAUCUUUCACGAGUGUGAAAGAUGUUCUUCAGCUGCAUUUUCAUUCGUUAUUUGAAUAUGUCUAAAAUUGUGUAAGCACACUGCACCUGCUUUGGAAAUGCACAAAAAGUUAUUUAUAAUCUUUUGAGUUAUUUUAAUAGUUAAAUUUGUACUUCCACAAUCUACAUCGACACGGACACUCUGCUAAUCGCACUCGAGUGCCCGGCAGAGGGUUCAUCGAGAUAAUUCUCUAUUAUUCCAAUCUCGAAUAGCACACGGAAAAAACGAACACCGGUAUCUUUCUGUGUGAACUCUGGUGUCCCUUAGUUUAUGACGAUGAUCUUUUAUCCCUGUGUAGGCCGUAUUUUCGCACAGUUACCGGAUAUCUUUCAUUUUUUGUAGAGCUUCAAGUUAUUUCUCAAAUUUACUUUCGAGCCUCUAAUGUCGAAGUUACUUCGAUGUGAUAAUGGGUAAGGAGCUAAGUGCUCGUGUCGUGUUUGGCAUUGAUCGUGGCAGUGGAAACACUGUCAGGAAAUAAAAACAGUGUCAGAGGUGAGACUGAGUGUUGUGAAUGUAAUUAGGGACUAUAUUUUUAAGUUUUUCCAUUAUAAGGGACCACAGUCACGUAGAACGUUUUGAAAGAAACUUCUGCUAUUUGAUUGUAAAUUACUAUUAAUUUAUUUCACAUAAUCACGAUUUUGGCCUUAUAGCCUUUCUCGAGUGUAAGUUUAAACGUCACAAAAUGUCCAACUCGGUCUUAUAAACCGGUCGCAUCGCUCGUAUCCCGUAAUACGAUGACGCGACUGUGUGGCCAGAGAUAAGCUGUUUCGAUGGUGACGUGUCAUUUAGGUGUCUCGGACAUUUUGCGACAUUUCAGCUUCCCCUCUAGCACGGCUAUAAAGCUGAAAUCGUGAUGUGUGAAAUAAAUUAAUAGUAAUUUACAGCCAAAUAGUGGAAAUUUCUUUCAAAAAAAUAUUUGUGAAUGCAGGGCACUUUUGGAAAGAAAAUAGGUAUUGUGAAAUUAUUGAGUGAUAGCAUAAUAAACGACCCGUAAGGGCUGUUUAGGAAACUGAGACUAAAUAUGAAUACUAUUACAAAUGAUCAGGUUACCUUCCAUUCGGAAAGCUGUCGCACUCGACGACUGUUAUAUUGACUUGUAAAUUGUAGAUUGCAACUAUCAGUCGUCCUUUUUAAAUUUGAUUGUGCAGAUCUAGAUUUUGGCUAGAAGCUAACCAUUCUCGAUGCACUAUUAUUUUUGCUUAGUGCACGUAAUGCCUGUCGGUCGGGCUUCGUCCACAGUUACAAAUCAGACUGAUGCCAGGUCAGAGUAUUUGACCUCAGUACGUGCCGUUCCUCUGGAGAAAGAGCGUGUCGAUUCCGACGAGACAGACCUGGUACGGACUGAAAUACAGUCAUUAAUGUGAAAUUCUGAAAGCAGAACGAGAGUGCGUGGUGACUGAGCAAUCUGCUUUGUACUUGGGAAAAGUGGGUGUGCUGCUUGAGGUUGUGAGUCAUUUCUCUGUCUCGAGUUUCACGAAUGCUGAGGUGAGGUGUUUUUUGACACAGGUAAUAAAUGUCGGUGUCCCAUCUCUAAUGAGCUUUAAAUUGAUGGCACAGCUGUACCUUCCUCCUUCAGUUUCCUCAGCAUAACAGUACGCCCCUCCCCCUCCAUUUUCCAUUGGAGCUAAUGUGUCUUCAUAUAAAUCCUGUAUCAGACAAUGUCUGUCAGUAAAUACUGUAGCGUGCAAAACACCGAGCGACUGCUUCGUGGUUGUCUUUUCUGAAGUGGAACACAACAUGAUAUACACUAAGCAAUAUAAAAACCCCGUACGAUAUUCAUUUAUUGCUACACAAAUUUAUGUGACAUUUAGUACAAAUCUGACUCGUAUAAGAUACUCUCAGUAUUCUUGUUGUGUAGAACUAGAAUAACAGCUCACCUUUAGGUGGCAGUUUCAGUCGUCACCGACUGUCAACACACUGCGAGACGUGUAAGUGCCUGCGUUCCCGGUCGCUCCUGUCGGAACGUCACCGACCCGGCAAAUUUCUCUGUAGUCUGCCGACACUGAAAGCCCGUUCCGUGCAAAAGUAAGAUUACAGACGAUGUCCGAGUUAUUCCCGAUGUCGGCCACCAGUCUGAUAAGUGUAGAAGAUAUUUUAUAUCAAAUCGAACAUAUUUGUAACACUGUGUUCGGCAACAGUCGAUUUUUCUGAAUCGGGAAUUUUAAUACGACAUCGAUGCUCAGAAACUGUACAGGUUGAAUGGCCAUUACAGUUCCUACAAAUCUCGUUCGUUUUAAAUAUUUUUUAAGUGUGCUGCACGGAUUUAAAUGUCUGUAUGGUUAUAACUAAUUUUUGAAUAAGGAAAUAGUUUGUUCUCGGUAAGCUCAGACAAAUAGAUCCAAAAAUUUGCUGCAGCAUUACGUAAAAUUAUGCAAAAUUCCCAAACCUAGAUUAUUUAUGUAACUAUUUAGCAAAUGGUUAAUUGAUUCUUAUGUGAACAAUCGUAUUAGUUAACUGUGUUUGUGCGGUAGGCAGACACUCUGUGCUCACGUGAACCACUAGAAUGACCUUUGCUUCAGCUAGUCAUGUGCCAGUUGCAGAUGUUGAGUUUUGCUAACCUGCCUGAUUUGUCCCCCUCUGUUUCACUGAUUAUUAUGACAUAAACAAAACUGUAGCAGCCACAUUCGCUCAAUUUGUAAGUAACUUCUAAAAAUAAUUGUGUUGCUGUAUCAUUUGUAGCAGCACCAUAGAGUUUAUAUGCAAAACUCGGCAGGUUGUUGUAGUUUGAAUUCUCCCUCUAAUCGUUUUCAAAAUUUUAGCUUAUGUCACUGUAUUAACUACACUGUUUAAUUCUGGAUUCAAACUGCUCUUUUGUCGAUCUCACGUUCUGUCACGUACGUAAUUCAGUAUCUGACAAGUAUCGGAAUCUCUUCUGUUCGGCUGGCGUGCUGCGGCUCGUCUCCUCGUAUUGUAAAGCGGUCCGAAUGCUUCUCACUUGACCUGUACAAUAUAGAGUGUGAAAGUUUUAAGAGGACUGACGUCAUUUUUGACGUAAGAUGUGAUUUUGAUAGUAGUGUGUAUAAAGUUAGAUUAAAGCUGUCAUAUAUUUUUCUAAAAGGAACUAUCAAAAUGUUAUGAAACUAAACUGUUUUUAUAUUGUGUGCUACUGACAUACAUAUAUAUGUGUACACGUAUUGUAAGAACUAAAUGGCAAAAUCAGGGUAAUUUUUGACGUAUACUUUAUGUGAGCUGUCUGUGUGAGGUGUCUGUGCUGUCACUGACAGAACUUUAUAUUCUUGUAGUAAGCUUUCUGUCAGCUUCUUCACGUGUGUCUGUUAUUUCGUACUGUGGAUGUAAAUGAAACAAAAAUUACAUUGCUGUAGCCUUUGAUAAGCACAGAUUGUGUGUCAUUGUUCAAUGUUCGGUGUCUGUAACCUUGUCAGUGUGUUUUGAUAAAUAAUAUAUCUAUUUACAGACCUGUAUUUUGUUUUUUACGAGUUCCGAUAGCCGCACAUUGCGGACGGGUCGGUGUUCGGACCCGUCCAUCCCGACCAUCCCGAGGGACGGGACGGCGGCGCCUCCACGACACGGUGGGAUCUCAUUUUCUAAAUGUGUACCAGAUUUUGUGUCUUAUUAAAUACUUGGUGGAAAAAGAAAUGAAUAAACAAAGA